AUGGGAGGCAUUCGGCCUGUUCUAGCAGGCUUCGUCUUCGCCUUCAUUGCCCUACUUGCCCAUGUAGAAGCUGUUCCCAAACUCCCGAAAACCUGUCCUCCGUUUACAAAAGGGAGCUUCACAAUCCAGCAGUACCAACUUUACCCCGAGAAUGCGGACUGGGACGUUGACAACUGCAUCGUUUACUUUGGAUCACUGUUUAACGCAAGCGUUGUCGUUUAUGACCCCUACAAAGAUUCGGUUAUCGACAUCAUCACGUUUGACGGCAUAACCCACAACCCAAACCUGCACAUAGGCGGCGUGCAAGUUGACGCCCAUACAAAACUCGUUUCUGUUGUCGUCGAUGCCGCUGCUGCCUUCAACACCGCCGGCAAGGAUAUAUCUGGCGAUAACUUCAUCAUCAAGUACGACCCCGCCAAAAAACAAGUCGUCUGGAACAAGAACAUCACUGCUGUGACGAAAGGUCAGUACGGCGGCUUUCAGGAUAUCGAGCACGACCCCAGCGGAAACACCUACGUCGUGGGAUCAUUUCCGGGGACCAUCAUGAAGGUCGACCCCAAAGGCUCUGCCGUGGAAUCGUGGUUUCUCCCGCAGCAGUUGGUCCCUUCGAAAAUGGGCUUCUCCGGACUUGCGGCAACGGGGAACAUUCUCUUGUCGAACAACAACGAGGACCGCCAGAUCUACCGAUUCAACAUGAAGGAUGACAAGGGCAAGCCGGAGCUCGUCCCCCGUACCCCAGAAGCGAGCCUCGAUGCAACUGACGCCAUAUACUUGCCGCCAAGAUACGAGGGGAAAGUGCUGCUUGUCGCCGAGAACCUAAGGGGCAUCACCGUUCUUCGAUCGAAGGACGGUUUAUGGAAGUCGGCCGAGCAUUUGGGCACGGUUCCUAACAACUCUUCGGCGGCACAAGGCGGCAUCGUCACGGCUCCCGUUCAAAUUGGCGAUAACCUCUUCAUGGUAGAGGAGUUCUUCACGGAUACACCCGUGCCUGGCUCGACUGCUGGAAACAGAACAAAUUUUCCUUUGGUUGAUAUCACAUCCGACGUUGAGAAGCUACUGCGCAAGUCGAACGGUUGUUAA